AUGUAUGUGAAGCAGAUCAUCAUCCAGGGCUUUAAAAGCUACAAGGAUCAAACCGUUAUCGAGCCCUUCUCUCCUAAGCACAAUGUCAUCGUCGGCCGCAAUGGUUCCGGCAAGAGUAACUUCUUCGCCGCCAUUCGAUUCGUUCUCAGUGAUGCCUACACCCAUCUUGGCCGGGAGGAGCGCCAAGCUCUUCUUCAUGAAGGAUCUGGCUCAGCCGUGAUGUCGGCCUAUGUCGAGAUCAUCUUUGACAACUCCGAUGAUCGAUUUCCCACCGGCAAGCCCGAAGUCGUCCUCCGCCGCACGAUCGGUAUCAAGAAGGAUGAAUACACCCUCGACCGGAAAAAUGCGACAAAGAACGACGUCAUGAACCUCCUAGAGUCCGCCGGUUUCUCUCGAUCUAACCCAUACUAUAUCGUUCCCCAGGGUCGUGUCACGGCGUUGACAAACAUGAAAGACUCAGAGCGUCUGGUGCUUCUGAAAGAGGUCGCGGGUACCCAGGUUUACGAGGCACGCCGCUCCGAAUCUCUCAAGAUCAUGCACGACACCAACAGCAAGCGGACCAAGAUCGACGAACUCUUAGACUUUAUCAAUGAGCGUUUGGCCGAGCUGGAAGAGGAGAAGGAUGAACUUCGCAAUUACCAAGACAAAGACAAAGAACGCCGGUGCUUGGAAUACACGAUCUAUUCUCGCGAGCAACACGAAAUUUCCAACGUGCUAGACAGUCUAGAGGAACAAAGGCAGAAUGGCGUUGAGGAUGCUGACAAUAACCGUGAUCAAUUCAUUGAUGGUGAGAAAGCAAUGGCUCAGAUUGAUGCUGAAAUCGCCGAAUGUCGCCAGCAGAUUGAGUUCCUGAAGGUGGACAAGGCUCAACUGGAAGAUGAGCGUCGCGAAGCCUCCAAGUCUCUAGCGCAGAUUGAACUUCAGGCCAAGUCUCUCUCUGACAACCAAGCCGCAGCCCAGGCUUUGAAGUCUCGUCAUGACUCCGAUCUCAACUCUGUCCAAACUGCUAUUAGCCAGCGGGAGGCUGAACUGCAGGAGAUCCUUCCGCGGUUUAACGCUUCAAAGGACCAGGAGGACGGUGUGAAGGCUCAGCUGACCGAAGCCGACACAUCCCGCCAACGGCUGUAUGCUAAGCAAGGUCGCAACUCCCGAUUCAAAAACAAGUCUGAGCGGGACAAGUGGUUGAAUAUGGAAAUUCGAGAGAGCAAGCGUUCUGUUUCGACGGUGGAAGGCGUUGUUUCUCAAACACAAGACGACAUCAACGAAUUAGAGGGUGAGAUUGCCCAGCUAGAGCCUAAGACCGAGGAACUGCGCAAGCAGAUUGAUGGACGUGGGGAUACACUGCAUUCCUUUGACCAGCAAGUCCAAAAUGCAAAGGACGAGAGGGAUCGCUUAAUGGAUCAGCGAAAGGAACUCUGGCGCGAGGAGGCAAAGCUGGACUCCGUCCUUUCUAGUGCCUCAUCUGAAAUGGAACGCGCUGAGCGCACUCUUUCCCACAUGAUGGACCACAACACUAGCCGUGGACUGGCCGCGGUGCGAAGAAUCAAACGUCAACAUAACCUUGAGGGUGUCUACGGUACCCUCUCUGAACUUUUCGAUGUGAACGAUAGAUAUCGUACUGCCGUGGAGGUUACUGCUGGCCAGAGCUUGUUCCACUACGUUGUUGAUACUGAUGAAACUGCGACAAAGGUUUUGGAAAUUUUGCAAAAGGAGAAGGCAGGUCGAGUUACUUUUAUGCCCCUUAACCGCCUGCGCUCCAAGCCCAUGAAUAUGCCCCGCGCCAGUGAUGUGAUUCCCAUGAUUGAGAAGAUGCAAUUCGACCCUGCCUAUGAACGUGCGUUCCAACAUGUCUUUGGAAAGACCAUCAUCUGUCCCAACCUACAGGUCGCCUCUCAGUACGCUCGCAGCCACGGUGUUAAUGCUAUUACCCCUGAGGGUGACCGAUCCGACAAGCGCGGUGCCCUGACCGGUGGUUUCCAUGAUUCACGCCACUCACGACUUGAUGCCGUCAAGAGUGUUGGUAAGUGGAGAGAUGAAUACGAGACUAAGCGAAAUCGUGGAACGGAAAUCCGCAAGGAGCUGGAGAAGUUGGAUCAGUUGAUCACCAAGGCUGUUGGUGAAUUGCAGAAACUAGAGCAGCAGAAGCACCAGGCGCAGAAUAGCAGCGGCCCGCUACGACAAGAAUUACGAAGCAAGCGUGAGCUCCUACAAAACAAGACCGAUAGCCUUGACGCGAAACGCCGGGCUCUCCGCAAUGUUGAAUCAAACCUCGCGGCUUUGAAGGACCAGACUAGCGCUUUCGAGGCCGAGUUGGAUUCGCCUUUCCAGAAGGCCCUCACGAACGAGGAAGAGACUCUUCUGGAAACCCUGAGUGGAACCGUGCAAGAUCUUCGCCGACAAUAUCAAGAACUCUCCUCUGCUCGCAGUGAACUCGAAGCGCGGAAAUCUGUGCUGGAGGUUGAAUUGCGGGAGAACCUGAUCCCUCGCUUGGAUCAGCUUAUGAACCGCGACAUAGAUAUGGCCGAGGAGGAUGUCCAAGGCAACUUGAAAGAAACGCAGCGGGAGCAGAAGCGUCUUAGCCAGGCGUUGGAAAAACUCAACAAACGCCUUCAGCAGGUCGAUACUUCGAUCGAGGAGCAGAACAGUCGUGUCAACGACCUCGAGCAGCACAAUGCUGAGACUCGCCGCAGCCUUGAGGAUCUCGCUCGUUCUAUCGAGAAGCACCAGCGUCGGAUGGAGAAGAGUAUGCAGAAGAAGGCUGCCUUGACCAAGCAAGCUGCGGAGUGUGCUGCCAACAUUCGCGAUCUGGGAGUCCUACCCGACGAGGCGUUCACCAAGUACAAGAACACGGAUUCCAACGCCGUCGUGAAGAAACUGCACAAAACGAACGAAGCCCUGAAGAAAUAUUCCCAUGUCAACAAGAAGGCAUUCGAGCAAUACAACAACUUCACCAAGCAGCGCGAGACCCUUACGACCCGUCGAGCCGAACUGGACGCCUCGCAGAAAUCCAUCGAUGAUCUGAUUUCGGUUCUGGAUCAACGAAAGGACGAAGCAAUUGAGCGUACUUUCAAGCAAGUGUCUCGCGAAUUCGCGAAUGUUUUCGAGAAGCUAGUCCCUGCCGGCCGCGGCCGUCUCAUCAUCCAGCGCAAGACUGACCGAUCCACUCGAGCCGAAGACGAUGUCGAUUCAGAGGACGAGGAGGCUCAGCAGAGUGUCGAGAAUUACGUCGGUGUCGGCAUUAGCGUCAGCUUCAAUAGCAAGCACGACGACCAACAGCGAAUCCAGCAGUUGAGUGGUGGACAAAAGAGUCUCUGCGCCCUCGCCCUUGUCUUCGCAAUCCAAGCCUGCGACCCGGCACCUUUCUACCUAUUCGACGAAAUCGACGCCAAUCUCGAUGCUCAAUACCGUACAGCCGUUGCUCAGAUGCUGCAGUCUAUUUCCGACUCGACUAACGGCCAGUUUAUCUGCACAACCUUCCGACCGGAGAUGCUGCAUGUCGCGGAGAAGUGUUACGGCGUGAGCUUCCGACAGAAGGCCAGUACCAUCGAUGUGGUUUCUCGGGACGAAGCGCUCAAGUUUGUUGAGGAGCAGAAGACUUAA